UCUUUAUUUCCUUGCCAGGAAAUAAUUCCUUUUUAUUUUCUUUUUUAUUGUUCUUGAAGAUGAUUAAUGUUACUAUACUAGAUAUUUUGAAGUAUGGGGAAAGAAGCUUAAUGAUUAAACUUAAACAAUUAAGUGAUUAAAUCAGUAAUGCUUAAAUCAAUAAUGAUUAAAAAUGUAAAUGCAACAUCAUACUUUGGAGAAAUGAACACAAUUUCUCUUUUUUCCAGAAAAAAGAAGAAAUAUCAUCAAUUUUUCCCAAUAAUUAUAUCAUUUUUUUUCAAUUUCUUCUUUAAUAUGAAUGAAAAUAAAGCAAUUAUGUUGGAUACUUCUGAAUAUGAACCUAUAACAUGGUUUAUUUACAUGGUGAAAGACUGGAUUGAUUUUGUACACUUAGCAGAAUCUGUGAGCUCUAUACUUCAGCUUCUGCUCUUAUUAUCAGUACUUUUUCUUCUUACAUAUUUUGUAUAUUCAACCAUUUUUUUAAUUGCCCACAUUUGCACAAUUUAUUUUUAUACUUGGAAGAAAACAUAUACCAAAGAGGAAGAUACCUUCUGGAGAAAACCAAGGCAAAUGCUGGGACAAUGUAUGAACUUAUAUGGAAAGAUAUGGCAUGGUGAGUCAUUUCUUAAAUAAUUUGAACAUAAUCAAGAAUCAAGAAUGCUGUUUGUUUAACCAUUUAUUAUUUUAUUAAUCAAAUGUAUAUGCCCUUCCGACUUACACAUAGGUGAGUUCAGGAGAGAUACAACAUUUUUAAAAAUGUCCAAUUCAAGGUGCUGGUUUUGAUCUAUAAAGCAUGGGAUGGGACCAGGUUAUUUGAGGGCUGCCUUUGCCCAGCUUACGUUAACCCACCCCAUUAGAUCUACCAGACAAGGCAUGCUGCAGAUACUAUCAGCUAAGGACCUACAGUUGUUGGAUCCCAGGAGAUCUGCUGUAACUGUUGUAGUGCCCAAAUUUAUGGAACAGUCUUCUUCCUGAAAUUAGAUUAGCUUUAUCCCUUUUGAAAUUCUGGCUGGCCCUCAAGAUCUAAUUAUGUUAUCAGCCCUAGCAAUCUUGGUAACUGGAGACCUGCAUAGAUGGCUCCAUUACUGAGGUGGCUAUUUUACUCCCCUCUACACUUGUUUCUGUUUUUAUAAUAUUUAUUGUUAAUGUGAUUUUUUAUAUAUAUGUACACACACACACAUGGUGUGUGGUUAUUUUUAUCUGUGGUUAUCUGUGGUUUAUGGUUAUGAUUGGAGCACGAACCAAUAAUCAGACUGGUGCAUUCUUAAGCAUGAGUGGUGGUGGUGCAGUGGUUAGAAUGCAGUAUUGCAGGCUACUUCUGCUGAUUGCAGGUUGCCUGCAAUUUGGCAGUUCUUAAGCAACUGAAACUUCUGCCUCACAUAGAGAAGAUUCCAGAACUGAUAGUGGCAUCUGUCACAGAAGUAAGGUCUUGCUGCUCCAGUUAGGGAUGCAGCUGUUGCCCCAAAGAAGCUGGGCAAAAUUUCAUCUAGCAAUGUUCUCCACUUACCCAAAAAGCAAUAGCCUUAAGUCCAGAAAGAUCCAUUGAUCCCUACCACUCAAGAGUGUCAUAUUAUUGAACCCCAACAUGGAAACUGGCAGAAAACCUCCAAGUAGUUUAAAACUAUAACUCCAUUUUGUAAUAUUCCAUCUCAUCCUGUUUUCUUUCAUCCAGAUAGUCAAACGUCAAGAGAUUAAUAGCAUUUCUUAACAGUCAGGGACAGUGAUGUUCAGUGGUCUUAAAGACCACCUAAAUUCUAAGUCUAAAGAACUGGAGAAAGGUGCUAUUUCUUUUCAGGUCCUGACAAAGCUAAUGCAGAAGAGUGACUAAUGCUGUCUCCAUCUCAUGCUCAGGCCUGAAGAAUGAAUGAGUCAGUUCUUCUCAUAUUGAGAAGAAUUCCAAUAAUCUGCUUCAUCUAGUGUGUUCUGUAUUAUCUAUAAGAAUGAUCUCAGUAACCUUUCCUAAUAGGAGAAGUUAGAGAACAGGAAAAAAUUCUGAAAAAGAUCUCUAGUCUCCAUCAAGACUGCAGGUACUAUGUUCAUAUCCCUCUCAAACUGAGGAAGGGAUUAUCUCCACAAACCAGCCUUUUAUCUCCCACCUAUCCAUGCAUCCUGCUGCCACUUGUGCCUAACAUAGAAGCAAGGAGGAUCAUAAACUCAAGCUCACAAAUUCCCAAGGACGUAUCAGAGUGCAACCUACCACUUCAAUAGGGUCCAGGCUCUAAUAUGAAUCCCAGGAAACAUGGUCAUGAGGUCAUUGGUAUGGAGAAUGUACCUGAAGGAGCAGGGCUGAUUGUUUAUUACCAUGGAGCUAUUCCUUUAGACUAUGCCUUAUUUGUAUCUUAUUUCUAUGCAAAAACUGGGAGAUUGGUCCGCUCCGCGAUUCAUUAUGGCAUGUAUUUAAUACCAGGUAUAAAACUGUCUCUUGAUGUAGUGGGUUGCAUAAAAGGCACAAAAGUAGAGUGUGUUGAAGUUCUCAAGAAAGGCCAUUUAUUAGGACUCGCACCUGGUGGACUAAGAGAAGCAAACUUUAGUGAUGAAUAUUACAACACAGUCUGGGGAACUGGCAUAGGUUUUGCUCAAGUUGCUUUAGAAACACAAGUGCCAAUCAUCCCCAUGUUUACGCAAAAUAUCCGUGAAGCUUAUAGAACAGUUGGAAAAACAAGACUAAUGAAAUGGCUGUACGAACAUUUUCGAUUGCUUGUCCUUCCCAUAUACGGAGGGUUUCCAGUCAAAUUCCGCACCUAUAUUGGAGAACCCAUCCCUUAUGACCCAAAUAUAACUGCUAAGGAACUUUCUGAAAAAGCAAAGAUUGCACUUGAAAAUCUUCGAGACAGACACCAGAAGCGACCUGGAAAUAUACUUAGAGCCCUAUUAGAGCGAUUGGAUAAAAAUAAGAAAGAAUAAGAAAAUAAAAAAUAUGUUUAGUCUUUAUAUACUGUCUUUAUAUACUGUAUUUUGUUAUUCAUGAAUUUUCCUCUCAUAAUCCAUAUCCAUACAUAUUUCCUAAAUGCAAUAUUUGUAAUUGUUUUGAAUGUAUAAUUUUCUUUUUAUGGACUAUUCAGUGAACAAUGUUAUAUAACUUUUUGAAGUUUUGUUGUAUCAGAAUGAUUAUUAUAGAUAUUAUUUUUCUGUUGUAAGUAAAGUCACGAUGAAUUUUUCUCUCAUAUACAAAAGCCUGUGGGGACUGCAUUCAAUCUGCCUCAUUGAUGUAUUUCAUUGUAUUUCAUUGAUGUAUUGCCUCAUUGAUAUAUUUCCUUAUGUGGCAUUGAGGACCCCUCUUUUUCCAAGAUGGAAUCCCUCAUGAAUCAUGAAGAUAAUUCCUUUUUAGGGGCUUGAAGCAAAAUAGAGAAGCUUCUCUGCUCUCUAUAUAAAAGUAGAGUGCCUAAUUUACCAUACAAUAUUAUUUCAGAAGGGCGCUUGAGUUAAGCUUUGAUUAAAAUGAUUCCUUCUUCUGAAAAUUUGUACAGUCUUGGAACUGUCCAAACUUCCAUGGAAUAAUUGCAGUGAAAGUAUAAAUGCCAGCAAAUGUUGACUUUCUAUGAAUAUUAAUUUGAAAAUAGCUGAAGGACCAAUAUUAACUAGAAUAGCAGACCUGGUGUAAGGCACAACAGUAUUAAGAUUCAGCAUUCAAAGUUACGGUUUUGCUUUUCUUUUGCUUUCUUGCUGACACCUCACUGACAUAACACACCUUGGCUGUGUGACCCUCAAACAUCCCUUAUCUCAGUUUUCCCUUCAAGGCCCUGCUUCCAACUCUUGGUAAGAAGAAAACAUAAAAGAUAAGAGGACAUUGCUGUGGCCGGUGGGAUGCUGGAGCCAACUCCCACCAGCUCACUAGAGUAAUGUAUUACAUUCUGAAGAAUUUUUAGAGGGAGGGAGCACCACAGGAGGAGAAGGAAACUAGAGCAAUAUGGUAGAAGACAGGAUGAACUUUGUAAGAACAAAGAAGAGACCUAUGAAGAACAGAGACAGGAGCAUAUUGAAAUAUAAGGUGGAGAUAUAGCUAUAAUGAUCAAGGGUUUUAAAGAUACAAUUAUAGUGAGCUUCUAGAAAAUAAAGGGUUGAAGUAGAAUAGGGACAAUAAUAGGAAUAAGUCAUUGAUACAGCUAUGAUUGUUUUUGAAAAAGUUGAAAAGUCUCAUUUUAUAAUUUUCCUUUCAUAAGAUAUUCUUGUUUCACCAAGCAGGCUCUCCCCCAGCUUUGAAAAGAGAUACAAAAAUCCAACCAACACUCCUGAUUUGCAUUAUGUGAAAAGAAUUUUAAUUCAAAAUUAAAUUUAUUUUU